AUGCAAGAUUAUGAUCCAGAUACACUGUGUGCAGUCCUUACAAUCUCACUAGAUGAAGGAACUGGAUAUGCCGCACAGUUAAACAAGCUCUCUUCAUUCUUGGAACAGGCAAAAAUGAAAGGUUUGCCAGAACCAUACCAAGAUUUGACUGAAAUCCUUGUGUACGAAUCGUUCCCUCCAAUAUUAACUAAAGUUCUUCAGUUAGAGAGCGUUACUACAACAGAUGAAAUGGCAAUUCUUGCAUUUAUUAAGACAGCAAUUGGUAUAAUUAUGUGGAGCUUUACCAUCAAAAAGAAAUACACUUUACUAAAGUACUUAUCUCAAAUAUUCGAUCCUUCGAUGCCUAUUUACAUUUACAACGGAAGAAAACAAAAUUUGCCAUAUUCUUCUUAUAUGACAGAUUUUGCUAACAAUGCUAAACAGAAGUAUAUUCAUGUUAUGCUAUUUUCUGCAAUGGGCAAAGAUUUAUCAAUAGAUGAGCUUGUUUCCGUUUUUGAUGUAAUUCGCCGAUUAUGCAUGCUUUUAGGAACAAAUGCUAUCUUCAACAAGAUCGAUAAUCAAGUACAAUCAAUAAAUCAAGCCAUAACAAAUAUACUUUCUGAGCAAAACGACAGAAAUUUACAUCAUAAGCAAAUUAUACAAAUAUACGAAUACAUUUUUGAAUGUGUCAACCAUCCACUUAUUGUUGAUUGCGCUUGCAAUGUUGUUAACCGCUUUAUUACCUCAGAUAUUGUAGAAGUCAAGAUGUCAGGAUUCAGACUUUCCCAAAUCAUCUUUACAAAAGCAAUUACAGGUAUCACACCUCUUACAGGCAGCCAGACAAACUUGCUCGCAGCUGUUUCCAAGAACGCCAAUUCAAUUGAGCAAUUUGAAGUAAUCAAGCCGAUUUUCAUCAAUUUUGCCAAGCAUAACCAUCUUUCUCCUGUUCUAAUCAAAUCAUUGUACGAGUCUGUAAAGUCCCAACACGCUUCCAUCCUCAACAAAUGCGAAAUUAUUUUUGCAGAUAUCGCAUUGAACCUUCAGAACCCAGACAUAAUCUUAGAGUUCCAAGAUUUGUCUCCUAACAUCCUCGGAAGACUCUUGGAAGGUCACCAGUACGCCAGAGUCGUUUCUAUAAUGUUGUGGUCGAAUAUCAGAGACAACAGUGAAGUUUUCGAGACUUUAACGAAAACAGCUUCGAGAGCAGACUUAGGAGACUUAAUUCCAAAGGCUGUUGAACUGAGUUCUGAAAAGAAUUUUACAGAAAAAAGUGUCACUUUAAUUGACAAAAUUUUGUCAAAUACAAAAACCGUUUUUAAUCCAUCUACACUUGUAGAUCAAGUUAUAGAACACGAAAACUUGGAAUCCAUGAUCAUGACAUUAGUAUCUAUCAUGUCUAGAUCGAAAUCACAUUUUUCGGCCGGCCAAUUAUCAAAAAUUUUUGAAAAACUGACAAAAGAAAGUCAAACAAAGUUUUUCAAACAAAUUUUGCCAGAUAUCGGUUUAUCUUUGGUCGAUCAAGACUCCAUUGAUCCAUUAUUACGUAUUAUAAACCAAACAGAAGAUAUCGAAAUCCUCAGACAUUGUUACAUCAAUUUGCAAUAUUCAAAUGCAAAUCCUAUAUUGAUAACAACUGUUUUCAACGCCGCAUACGAAAAAAUAUGGCAAAACUGUCUGAAGAAUGAUGAGCAGUCCAUGAAAUUGUUGUUGGAAGUUAAAGAACCUCAUAAUCUUCCAUCAAAAGUCAUGGAAAUAACAAACAAAGCAAUUUCCGUUUUACAAACAAAAAGUGACACUGCAUUGAAACUUUUAAGUGACUGUUUGAACCUUUGCAAUGAGUAUAUUUCACCUUUAUCUUUGAACUACAAGCCACAUAAAGUUUCUUUUGACAAUGAACUAAUUACCAUAAAAGUGACAUAUCAAAUUAAGAACUUUACAAUUAAUUGUUUGAAGAACGAAAGUGUCAGGACUAUCAAACCAUUAGCCGCCAAAUCAUUGGAUGUUGAUGAGCAGUCUAUUGUUAUUUACCACAAUAAAUCAGUUGUAAAAGACGGUUUUGUCAGAGAUUUGACACCUCCUGAAAUCGAAAUCAGAAUUAAGAAUGAAUACGACAAAGGAGUUCAUUUCACACUGAAAAAUCAUCCAAUAACUAUCCUCAAAGACCAUGUCAAUGAGUUGUUCCAGUUCUUGAGUGAGGAAAACCUUUCUCUCCAGUGUUUCAAUGUUUUACAACAAUUGCCAACUCCAACUAAUUAUAAAAUUGAUAACCUUAAAUAUUCAGAGCCCUAUCGUUAUCUCUAUCAGUUGCAAUACAUUUACUGCGAAAAGGAGAAGAACCAGGCAUUGAUUCCAGGCGUCAAAGAAAUAUUCGAAAAUAAUUUCGAGCUACUUUUGCCAGAAUCAAAAUUAAUUUCAUUGUUUUUAAUUUCUGAACCCUCUGAAAAGAUGAUCGGCAGCCUUCUCAAAUUAGUACAAUUACCAAAUGAUGAAUACUUUGUUAAGUUAUCUGAUAUGCUUAUCAAAUUAGUUGAGAACUUGCAAGUUGAUUUAGAAGAAAACGACUUGAAAGUUUUAUUAUUCGACGAAAGAAGAAAUUUCGUUGAAAAACUUCUCAAAACUAAAUUGAUCAAAAAUCAGAACUUUUCAAAGAUCUGGACUAUCUUCAAUAGUUUACAGAAUUAUGCAGAACAUGUCUACAUUUUCACAGAGAUUUCUGUUCCUUUGGAAAUGGCCGGCCAAUUAGAACAAAUUCUCAGAAAUUGUGACAUCAAAAAUUCAGAAGUUUUGACGGUUUUAGCAGAUUUAUGUGACCGCUGGAAUGAAUUUCCUAUUUCUAUUUAUUCAGAGCGAAUUAUGAACGAUUACAUUCUUUGCAAGAACAAGAAUGUCAAUGUCAAUUUUGCUCCAUUCCAGUUUAUUCUUUCUAUGAUGAAAAGAUCAGAAGAAUUCAAACAAAACACGAUAAACAGCAUUUUCCAAACAUUGCCAAUGAAUUCUCCAUGGGGAUACACACCGAGCAACGAGAUGAAAUCUAUUGCUACUAACAGAUGCGGUUUGAAUAAUUUAGGUGCAACAUGUUACAUCAAUUCUUUGAUUCAAAUUUUGUUUUCUAUCGAACCAUUCAGGAACUUCAUCAUUUCAACAAAAUUUGAUGACGAAGGGUUGAAUUAUUUACAUAUUUUGUUUACCAAACUAAUGUACAGUGAUUCUCAUUAUGUCGACAUGAAAGAGUUCACUUCUCGUUGGAAAGAUUACGAUGGACAACCAGUAAACGUAAGACAACAACAAGAUUGUCAUGAUUUCUUAUUGCAAUUGUUCUCAAAAUUGGAAAAUUAUCCAAUUAUGUCACUUUUUACUGGAUUAACAAUUGAACAUUUCAUUGGAUUGACUAAUGAUUUCCAUUCCGAGAGAUCUGAAUCAUUCCCUAGUUUAUCAAUACCUAUUAAAGACAUCACUAACAUUGAUGAUUCUUUGAAACUUUUCUGCACUCCAGAAACAAUCGAAGAUUACAGAGAUGAAAAGUAUCCAGAAAAAUUCAAUAUCCAAAGAUACACAACAAUUGAGAAAUUGCCUCCAAUUUUAAUCAUCCAACUAAAGAGAUUCGAUUACAGUGUCGAAACAGGAAUGAGAACAAAGAUUGAUUCCAUUUUCGAAGUCCCAGACGAAUUCGAAAUCAAUGGAAAGAAGUUGUCAUUGAUCGGAACAGUUGUUCAUCAAGGUGAUGCAGAAGUUGGUCAUUACAUUUCUUAUUUGAAAGGCGAAAAAUGGAUGAAUUUCAACGACCAAAGCACUAAAUUCGUUUUUCUUGAAGAAGCAAAAAGUGCAAAUUCAGGUGUUGGAGAAUACGGAACAUCCGCAUAUUUGCUUUUCUACAAGAACAAUGAUUACAAAGAAGAUUUCGGAAUGGAAAUAAAAGUUGACGAAGAAAUCAUUAAUCAAAUCAAGAUAGAAAACGACAGAUUGAUUAUUGACAAAGUUUAUUACUCCAAACAAUUUGUAGAUUUCAUUUGUCAUCUCGUUGAUUACAAAGAAUGUAACCAAAUUGUUAUUAACUACUUCAUGAAAGUUUUGAGUCAUUCUGAUGAUAAUGAAUCAUUUGCAAAACUUUCGCAAAAGAUUUUGGAGAAAUUUGAUGAGAAUCAUUUGUUCAAUGACAGUUUAGAAGUAAUUCAAAAUGAAUUGGCAAUAAUCAAAUACAUUCUUGUUUAUUCUACAAACAAAGAAAUAAGAAACAUUUUCACUCAAUUCAUGAAACAAAUAUUUACAAGAAUGGGUUCUGAGAAUGAUUUGAUGAUCACUAUUUUCACAUUUAUUUACGAAUGGGAGAUGGAAAUCCUCCAAAACUGGAGAAAUUCAUUCGAUAUCUUCUCUGUUUUAGAAGUUUUCACUGAAAUUUCUCGUGAAAAUUGCCAGUUCUUGUUAUCAAUUGAUGCAGAUCAGUUCUUGAUCAAAUUCGUCACAGAAGAAGUUCCAACAUUUGUUAACAACAAACAGAACCAAUGUAGUGCUGAAAGAUUCAAGAGAUUAUCUGACUUCAGUCAUUUAAUUAAUACUCUUGUCAAUCUGAAAGUUCCUAAGGCAUAUUUAACUAAAGAUUUCAUGAAAUGGGUCAUUUCUUCAGAGAAAAUCGGUGACGCGAUCAUCAACAUGAUUGUUAAACUGAAGAUUGACAAUGUCGAGAAGUUCAUUGAUAUCGGUGUUAACAGUAUCAGUGAAGAACUUGUUAUUGACUUAAUUGCGAAAACUGAUUUCAUGUGUCCAAGAGCAUGGCUUGAAUCAGGACCUCUUUGUUCUCCAGAGUCAUAUUCAAGGAUGGCAAGAUGUUUGUCAACUGUUGAUGAUUUGUCUUCAUUCACAUUGAAGAACUAUGAAUUGAUGGGUGCAUUGCUUUUCGCUAAGAAUCAAAUUGUUGUACAAGAAGCAAUUAAUUCCAUUAAAGUUAACAGAAGAAAGAAUAAACAGAACAAACAAUUCUUUGGACCAUUCUUCAGAGAAAUCAAUUACAUACCAAUUUAUUCAAGAAACUUCUAUAAAACAAAUCAAUUGUCUGCUGCUGGCUCAUUCGAUAACUUCAAUGGUUUCCAGUUACUGAGAUAUUUAACUGAUGAAAUUAAUAGCGAAGAAAACAGUGAAAUCGAAAUAACACAACAAGACGUCGAAAUCGUUGUUUCCAAUUUAGAAAAAGUCGUAAAAGUCGGCGGAAAAUUCGAUGCACACACUGUUUGUAUGGUUGAACUUGCAACAUCAAUGUGUAUGACAAACAACAGCAAAAUCGAAAAAAAUGAGAUUGAAAGAGUCAUCGAAUUCUCACGAAAAGCGUUUGAUGUCAUUGACAUUAAAUGUUCACACAGAGAUUACGCGAUCAACAGUUACUUGAAACUCUUGGAAAUGUGUAUCCAAAAGACAAGAAUUUCAGUCGACCAAUUGAUGCCAGAAAACAACAGUAAUUUGUUGGUUGAACUCAUUUUCAGGCAGAAAUACAAUAAAUCAUUUAUUGAUUUCUGCAAAGAAUGCACAAAGAGAUAUGCAAACAGCACAAGAUUAUAUAAGAUUGUUUGCAAUGGUUUGUUCAAAGAGAAAGUAACAACAAACCAGUUGUAUGAGAUCUUAACAAUGUUCAAGAAAGAUGUUGUCACAGCAAACAGUAUGUAUUUACUAGGAAAGACAGAAUCAAUUAAGUAUUUGAUCGAAGGAAUCACUAAAUUAGAUCCAAAUGUUGAUUAUUUCGAUGAAAGUCUUUUGUUUGUUGAAAACAUGAUGUACAAUGCAACACAUCAAGUCUACGACAUCAUGUUGAAGAACAACAAGAUCGUUGAGUCUUUCUUCAGAAUGGCAUCUUCUCAAGACAUGAAGAAAGGAAAGAGUCACAUUGUCAAGAUUCUCUCAUUCAUUAUUGAGUUUGGAGGAGAAAAUAUUGACAAGUUGUUUAUGUCAGAUCAAGUUAUUGGUUCAGAAUUAGAUGAAAGAUCUCGUGAUGAAUGGGUUUCCUCUCUUUUGUUGUUGAUUUGCAAACUGUGGAUUGACAAGAAACCUCCAAAUUCUUUAUUAGUUUUCUUGGGAAGAGAAAUGUCAACACAUUUCCGACAGACAAAUGAUAUAUUAAACAUGAGAGCAACUCUUAACUCAUUAGUUCAAAUUAAACAAAACAUCAAUCCUAUGUUUUUGGAUGUUUUCUUCGAUGUAUUGCACACAGAGAAGGUAAUUCACCUUCCUUGGAGAUUGAAAUGCAGAGGUGAUGAAACAUUCGAAGGAUUGUUCGCAAUAACAAUGACAAUUGUUAUGAAAUUCAAGGAUAGAGAACUGCUGGAUAACUUAUCAAAAGCUGCUGAAAUCAGUGCAUCUAAUUCUCCUUUCCAUGCAAAACUUAAGCAAGAAAUAUCCAAACUGUAA